AUGUUUGCUUCUAUUUGUGCUUCUUCAUCUUCUUCUUCUUCUCUUCUAGAAUUUUCUGUUCUUAAAAAACAACCCUUUUUUGAUCCGAGGCAACUAGCAAAACAUGUUUUCGGGGCGUCGAAAGUGGCUGCAACCGCAAGCACAGCCAAGCUUGAGUUGUUGAAAAGGUUGGGAGCUGAUUGGAGUAUUGAUUACACAAAGGAGAAUGUUGAGGAAAUUCAAGAGAAAUUUGAUGUAGUGUAUGAUACAGUUGGACAAGUUGAACAAUGUUUAAAAGUAGUGAAAGAAGGUGGGAAGGUUGUGUCAAUAUCUAAGCCAGCAGUUGGAGCAAUAUUUUAUGGUUUGAGUUCAAGUGGUAUUACUUUGGAGAAAUUGGAACCUUACUUGGAGAAUGGUAAGGUUAAGGCAGUGAUUGAUCCCAAAGGCUUAUUCCCUUUUGCCAAUACUAUGGAGGCUUUUGCUUAUCUUGAGACUUCUAGAGCUACUGGGUUGUCAUUUAUCCCAUUCCAUGAAUGGUUGGGUCUUUUUUGGCUUUAA